AUGGCAUAUGUGGAUCAUGCAUUCUCAAUAACUGAUGAAGAUUUAAUGGUGGAAACAUCAUAUACAGUCAAUAAUAAGCCUCCUAUCAAAGAGAUUGCUCUUGCUGUUUCUCUUCUUGUUUUUGGUGUUCUUGGUAUUGUUUUGGGUAUUUUCAUGACUUACAACAAUAUUGGCGGCGAUAGAGUUCAUGGGAUUUUCUUUGCAAUAUUGGGACUGGUACUGUUUAUUCCAGGGUUUUAUUAUACAAGGAUUGCAUAUUUUGCGUAUAAAGGAUACAAGGGCUUCUCUUUCUCCAACAUACCGCCUGUGUAG